GAGAGAGAGAGAAAGGGGAGGGUGGUCGUUUGAGCGCGCGCGCACGGUGAGACGCAGCGGUACCAGUGGAAACACCCGUCAGCGGCGCGCAAAAGGGGAAAAAACAGAAAGAACGGAAUAGAGAGAACGAACGAGCAGGCGCGGACAAAGGAAACAUGGACGCAUCCAAGGAAUAUCCGUGCGCGUUUAAUUCGGCAUUUGCAAGCAUGAGCUUCGUGAGCACGAGCGGGGGAGACAAUUAGCCCUGCGUUAAUGCCGCGGUGGGAGGCGAGAUAAACCGCUGCAAAUGAAAACGACGGAGAGCUGCUGCUGCUGCUGCUGCUUCUAAUCCGCCUGCGGACCCCAUGAUCUUGCAAUGGCUCUCGCGGGGAAAUGUAAGUGCUCGAGAAAAGACGUGCCUAUUUUAUUCCUGGUGUUCCUAUACUGUGGCCUUGCGCUCGGACAAAUACGAUAUUCGGUUCCGGAGGAGCUGGACAACGGCGCGAUUGUAGGUGACAUUGUGCAGGAUUUAGGGCUGGACAUCCGAAAGCUCCCCACCCGAAAGCUCAAGGUAACGUCUGACGGGGGCAAGCGGUACGUGGACGUGAACGCUAAAAAUGGAAAGCUGUUCGUAGCCGAGAGAAUCGAUAGGGAGGCGCUGUGCGAAGCGAGCAGCUGCACAUUAAAUCUCGAUCUGCGUUUGGAAAACCCGUCCGAGGUGCACAGCGUGGAGGUGGAGGUGGCAGACGCGAACGACAACGCGCCCCAGUUCCCGAGGGACGAGUACCAGCUGGAAAUCAGCGAGUCUGAGAUCACGGGAGCGCGCUUUCCCAUCGAGCACGCCCAGGAUCCUGACGCCGGCACCAAUUCAAUCCGCGUUUACCGGCUCAGUCCGAACGAGCAUUUCGCGCUCGACUCCAACAAACCGGCCCCCAACAGCAAGCAUGUCGAGCUCGUGCUUAAAAAGCCGCUGGACCGCGAGCAAGCACCGCAGCAUCAGCUAGUUUUGACCGCGACGGACGGCGGUUCUCCGGCCCUGACAGGCAGUACCACGAUCAGCGUGCGCGUUUUGGACUCCAACGACAACAACCCGGUGUUCGACAGCUCGGUGUAUAAAGUGAAGCUGCUCGAAAAUUCGCCCAAAGACACGCUUGUGAUCAAGCUGAACGCAACCGAUCAAGAUGAGGGCACUAACGGUGAGGUGUUUUAUUCAUUCAGCAGUUACACCCCAGAAAGGGUCAGGCAGAUGUUCAGCAUGGACACCAACACUGGAGAAAUCCGUGUCAGGAGCAAUGUGGACUACGAGGACACUAACUCGUAUGAAAUGUAUAUACAAGCCAUGGACAAAGGGCCAGCUGCUGUUGCAGCCCAUUGCAAAGUGGUGGUGGAGGUUGUGGAUGUUAACGAUAAUGUUCCAGAGAUUGUGCUCUCCUCCUUGUCAAGCCCGGUGCGUGAAGAUGCCCGUGCUGACACUGUGGUGGCCUUGAUCAGCGUGACAGACCGGGACUCUGGCCCCAAUAAACAGGUGACCCUGGAGAUACCACCUGGCCUGCCAUUCAAAAUCAAGUCCUUCAGGAACUACUACACAUUAGUGACUUCUGCCUUUUUGGACCGUGAGAUCACAGCAGCCUAUAACGUCACCCUUAGUGCUACUGAUGGUGGCACCCCUCCCCUCUCGUCCCAGAAGACCAUUCAGGUGGAUGUGGCAGAUGUCAAUGACAACCCACCACGCUUUGAGCAGACAUCUUACACUGUGUAUGUCAUGGAGAACAAUGCACCAGGAGCAUCUCUCUGCACUGUCAAGGCUCAGGAUGCAGAUGUGAACGAGAAUGCCCGCAUCACGUACACUGUCCUGAAUGACAACAACCAUGGCAUUCCCGUCACUUCCUAUGUGUCAAUCAAACCAGACACUGGUGUGGCCUACGCCCUCCGCUCCUUUGACUAUGAGUCACUGCGAGAGUUUCACUUCCAGGUCAAAGCCCAGGAUGGUGGUAUCCCUCCCCUUAGUCGUGUAGCUACUGUCUACAUCUAUGUAAUGGACCAAAAUGACCAUCCACCAGAGAUUGUGAGUCCUCCUGCCAAUGGGACACGCUCCACAGAAACAGUGCUGAAGAAUGCUGAAGCAGGUGCACUGGUAAGCAAGGUGAUUGCAUAUGAUGCAGAUGCUGGACAGAAUGCCUGGCUUAUCUAUUUGCUGGACCAGUCCACUGAUCUGGACCUGUUCAAGGUGCAUGAGCACACAGGGGAGGUACGCACCACACGCAGAGUUCUGGAAGACAACUCCACCUCAUUCAGUCUAACUGUGCUGGUAAAGGACCAUGGUGAGCCACCAAUGUCUUCUACUGCCACAAUCAACAUAGCUGUGAUGGAGGUUCCACCUAAGGUCAUCCCAGACCCCAAGAGGAUCAUCCGACCUCACAGCACCUUGCUGUUCUCUAACGUAACUCUCUACCUGAUCAUAGCCCUCAGUGCUACCACUUUUGUAUUCUUGGUUACAGUGGUGGUGCUGGCCAUUGUGCGUUGCCAUGCCUACUGUACUCAGCCUGGUUCCUGCUCACCCUGUUGCGUGUCCCAGAAAAGUUUACAGGAGAGUGCUUCUGGUGGGGGUGGAGGAGGGUCUCAACCCAACAACAAUGUGGUGCUUCGCCGGGAUCUGAAAGUGGAGCCACAUUACAUCGAGGUCCGUGGAAAUGGUUCUCUAACCAAAACCUACUGUUACAAAACGUGCCUAACUGCCACAUCUGGCAGUGACACCUUCAUGUUCUACAACACCGGUCGGCCAAUAAGUGGAACCUGGGGAUCGGAGCGCUUCUUUACGGGUGGCAGCGGCUUUGUGCGCAGACUAAGCAUGCCAGAUGCAGCAGGUUUACAGCCUAAGGGACCGAAUGCUGACUGGCGAUACUCUGCAUCUUUGAGGGCAGGAGUGCAAAGUUCUGUUCACAUGGAGGAGUCAUCAGCUGUGAUGCAGGGGGCACAGGGCAUGCUGGUCCAGAACUGGCCCACUGUGUCCAGUGCUGCAGAUGGUGAAGGUGAAGGACAACUCUCUCCACCUGUCGGAGCUGGGAUCAACAGCAAUAGCUGGAGCUUCCGUUAUGGUGCGGGCCCAGGUUACGGCCCCCCACAGGCCCUGAAGCCUGGGGAGAUCCCUCCUGAAGCCUUCAUCAUCCCAGGCUCCCCAGCCAUAAUCUCCAUCCGUCAAGACCCAGGAGCCUUGGAUGAUAAAGGUGACUUCAUCACCUUCGGCAAGAAAGAGGAGGCUAAAAAGAAAAAAAAGAAGAAGAAGGAAAAGAAGGAGAAGAAAGACAAAGGAAAAGAUGAUGGAGAAGAGUAGAGGAGCGGGGACUGAAGUCGGUAGCAAAAACUCACGUUCAGUGAAAAAGAAACAAAAAAUAAAAAUGAUAAAAUGUGAGUACAGAGAGGAGAGCCUUUUUAAGUCCAGCUCUCAUUUAGGGGAAGCGCUGCCCUGCGCUAAUCAGAAGAGACCCUUCUCUCUUUACCCAUCUACUCAUUAUGCCCUACGAUUCUACAUUAUGCCUGGCUUCCAGGAGGCAAUAAUUGGCUAUCGCACUAUUUAUGUAUGUUUCUUAGAUGAAAGAAUCCUAGUCCACAUGUUUCUAAGAAGCAUUCUAAACACGUAAGAACUUAGGGCACUGUGUUGUGCCCUAGAAUGAACCAUGAACACUUGCCCUUCAUAAACCCAAAGGUCUAAGAAUGGAAAGGGAGUCUCCUGUUCCUCAAGUCUUCUUCACAACUAGGACUUCAGAGAGAAAAAGAGCAAAAUGCGGGCUUGGUCUUCAGUAUGAAAUCAACAAAUUUGUAUUGUAAAUUCGACACAAAAUGUGUCUGCAGAAAAUGUGACUCUAAUAAUCUGGCAACAAUGAUGUCUGUGUGAGAUUGAGGCUGAUUAAUCAAAAUCACUUCAGGGGUAGAACAGUAGCAGCGUGUUUUAUAUAUAGAUAUACAGAAAUAUAUAUAUAGGUAUUGUUCACAGCGCCCCCUGCUGGCACCUCACACCCAAUAAGAGUGCUUUACUGUGUUAAAAACGAAAUACAGCUUUGUGAAUAUAUCAUCUCAAAGUGAUGCCUACAGACGAAAAUAUUCAACACACAAUGACACGAUGUGUGUUUCUAUCACACCAGACCUAAUAGUACCUAAUAGUGUAGAAACGACACCAGUCCAGCAGUGCCAGGAUGGACACACUCGGCACAUGGCAGUCUGCUCACCAUGCAUCAUCAUUAGCGUAGACCACAUCCAACACAACCCAGAACACAGUGCAGGACGCAGUGAGGUGGUGCUGCAGCCUCGUGGAGUCUGUAAUAUAGGCAGGAAUGGUGCUUGUUGCUUCAUGUCAAAUCAAGCCUGAUCCCUUUGCCUCUGUUGUGAAUGUUCAGUAGAUGUUCUUCAAGCUCUCGCUCUGUCUCCCUUUCAGCUCUUUGCCUUUCAGUGCUUGUAAGAUUUGCUACCCCCUCCCACCCACAAACACAAACACACACACAAACACACACAAUCCUCACACUCAUAGUCACGCAUUAGGGUGGCCGAAGCCAAAGCUGCCCCCUUGUGACUAUAUUGCCUACCAUGGCAGGAUGGACUGAAUAACAGAGACCUGUCUCAAGAUCACUUCUAUCCCUGUCAAGUCAACUGAGCCUCAGCACUGUUACUGAAACUCACAGCUCCUGUUACUGGAACUGAACUCUUCCCCAGGGAAUAUAAGCAAGCACAUGUGUCAUCCCUUUCAUCCACAAGCCAGUGGUUUAACAGCAGUGCAAAGGACGUGGGCAUCCCUUUUCUGGAGGCGAAGAGUUGUGUACAGUAGAUAGGCCUACAUUUACUUUCAUUUUAUGGAGCUUGGUUUGACCAAAUGUAUAAAGGGUGGGUCAUAUACAACAUAGUAGACUACAGAGAUAUUAAAGACUGAUGCAGCAUAUUCUUUUGUUUUAGUUGUGUAAAAUAAAAAAUAAAAAAAUGAAUUAAGCACUGAAAAGUGAUGGAUCUACAACAGAAGAAGGUUUCAUGUCUGUAUUGUCUAUGCUUUCUUUUCUUAUCCUUAGAGGGUUUGGCAAAAAUGGUUUGGUGACCUCUAUGCUUUUUAUUCUUUUCUUUUUUUUACUCUUGGCUGUAGGACUAUUAUUAAAGGUAUGGGGGAGAUGUUGGCGCUGCUAUAAGACUGCAUUCUCACCACACACAGACACAGACACACAGACACACACACACAAAUGUAAACAUACAAACACAUACACAUACAAAUAUGUCCAGACACACAUCACAUACAUUCACACAGCCUCCUUCAGGUGUGGUUUAGUGCUGUCAAAUCACUAAAUUGCUGUUUGCAUGUAAUACGCGGAAUAACAAAAACUAUAUAUAGAUAUAUAUAGAUAGAUAUGUUUUUCAUAAAUACUUUCAGUCAUUUCCCUUAAAAAUGGAGACGUAUAUAGUCUCUGCUGAGUUAUUUUGAAUUCUUCAUUCAGAUUGAAAUGUACAAGCACAUACAUACAUACAUUCAAAUAUACAAUUUACAGAAAAACAAAUGCCCUUUGCCAUCAACAUUAAACGUAACAAUCUAGAUAUAUGUAAUGAUGUAGUGUUAUGCUCUGACUUUUUAUACCCACACACACACACAUACACACACACACAUAUAUAUGUAUGUAUACUUUUGUUUCUUUUUGGUUUUAUUUUGGCUAAUGUGAAAUUCAUCCAUAUAUCCAUUCUACAAUGUCAAACUCUUUUUUUUUUCAUUAUAAAUGACAAAAAUCAUUAUAAAAACAUUUAAAAAAUGACAAAACAAGAUAAAAAAAAGUGUAUAUGUACUCUGCUUGUGUGUUGUGAAUGUCUAUUAAGUCAUUCAGUGCAAGGGUGGCACUAUGCUCUUGACUUGGCUCUUGACAGUGCAAAUCUGUUGAACAACCUUUUUGUACACCUGCUCAUCAGUGUAAUGGUAAAAUUGUGUUAUUUUCUUUUUUUUCCCCUUUUUUCUUUUUUUCUUUUUUAUUACUUUAUAAAAUCUGGUAAUGUGUUUUUGUUUAUAAAUCACAAAUAAAGUUUCUUUCAUACUUACCUGAUAA